AUGUCAAAACGAAAACCAUAAUUUGACAUAGGAAAGGAUGGAGAUGAUGAAGAAGUUUUACCAGUAGUAGGUAUAAAUAAUACACAUGAAGAAAUUCAAGAGAGAAAGUAAUUUUAUGCAAAUAUUAAAGAAUUUUAAAGAUCAAAGGGCCAAAACAUAAAGAGAAUAAUCAAAAUACAAAAAUAGUAAUUACUGCACCACCUCCAUCAUUUGAAUAAGUUGAGUCAGAUUAAAAAUUGUCUACACCUCCUAAAAAGUUUUAACCAACUAAUAUAUUCAACACUCAACAAGAAAAAUUAUUUUUCAAUACUCAGCCCUUAAAUAGUUUAUAAUUACCUUAGCAAUAAAAAAACAAUUUUGGGUUAGUGAGUCCAAUAAUAGAAUUUAAAUCUAUUAGAAAAGGAUAGAAAUCCACAGCUUCUCCAAAUCAGGAAACUAAUAAAAAAAUUGAAAUUUUACAAGUAAAUUUAAUGAAUAAAGAAUAGAAUAAAUUAAAAAAAAUAAAAAUAGAUGAUAAAGAACACAAUAAUAAAGAGAUUACUUUAACAAUUAUAAAAGUUGGAGAUGAUCAUAAAAUAAAAAUUGAGUAUAAUCAUCUAUAUAAAUAGGCCUGAUCUCUUCGACGGAUUAAUUGAAAAAUAGAAAACAAAAAAAGAGGAUAAUUUAGUAAGACUAGAAUGUAAGAAAGAAUAGGAUAUACAUGAAUUAGUACUAGAAUUUGAUGAUGAAAAAGAUUUUGAAUAAUUUAAUUUAUGA